UAAAAUGAAGAGGACAGAUUAUCGUGGAAUGUCUCUCGGGAUGAUGUCGAAGACAUGGUGGUUACUAAUUGUACUCGGAGUGAGAGAGUUACAGGUCAGCGGGCAGUUGUUGGACACAGAAUUUCAACCAACAGUGACGGCAACAUGUAAAGCUGGUCACAUGACCAUCCGUGUAAAUCUCAAUCAAAGCUUCGUGGGUGCUGUUCACGCUAGAGAUUUCCGAACACCUCAAUGCAUGGUACCAGGAAAUGGUACAAACCAUGCUACACUCGGCAUCAAUCUUUUUGCCAGUAGAGGAUCGCCAGAUUAUUGUGGCAUUCUUGUUAAUAACAGUACGGAAGAACGAUCUGUUCCUAUAGCAGUAAGAAUACAUAGAACUUUAGAGUUAGCAGAUGACAAAUUCUAUGUCAUUACCUGUGGAAAAGCAGGAUUCAAAAAUGCCAAAAACGAGACGUCGUUGGUAUCCUUACGACUUCUGGAUGGAACUCACCGAAUUUCAACUGCCUAUAUAAGUCAGAAUUACACUCUCCAAGCAGAGAUCUCACGACCGGAUGGAAUGCAUGGAAUCAGAGUCAAGAAUUGUUUCGCUUUCAACAAGAAGAAUGAUUCUCUAAGCCUAAUAGAUGAUAAGGGGUGUCCCGUGACAGAAAAAAACAGCAAAAAAACAGUAAUGUCAAAAUUCGUUUAUGAUCGGAACACUGGUUUUGCGGAGGCAACAUUGUUUGAAAUGUUCCGAUUUCCAGAUAGCGGAACGCAAGUGCAUUUUCAAUGCGACAUUGCCGUCUGUAAAGGAAGUUGCGGAACUCCCGUCUGCGAAGGAGACGAAGAUUUUUCAAUAAAGGGAAGUAUAGGACAAAAUACAGCAGACGAAGAAGCAGUCCUUGUUGCGAGCACUAGCGUCUUUGCCCUUCAACCUGGAGAACCACCCGUAUCCUCGGCUUCGUUCGAAGAUGGCAAAGUUCAUCCAGCAUGGCUACUGUGGCUCGCAGUAGCCCUCGGUAUUCUGUUUCUCAUUAUGCUUAUCAUUAACAUCUGUCUUUGUUCUGCGAUGUCGUGCACCUGCACGCGAACAGAGGUCAUAGAAAAGGAACCUUCGAUCAUUGAAGACUACGAUCCAUAUCGAAGUUGGCACGGAUCUCAAUAUGGUUCAAGAUAUUCGUUGAAUGGUAAACCUGGCUAUGCAUCCGGCGGAUCUACUAUGAAUUCCACGAGAUCCAUAUCAACGAAUAGCGAUCACUAUGCUAUUGUUCACUCGAGACCUGGAAGCAGAUAUUCUGGUCCGGGACACAAGCAUCACCAUCAUCAUCACAGAGGGCCACCUUCCAACAUUGGUUCCCAUUAUUCAGGAAAAUAGUGCAUCUGACUGAAUAGGUUUUUUUUAUUACUCCUUUACCCCUUUUUGAAUCGUUCUAAUUAUCUGAGCUUAAAAUACGUAAACAGUAUAGAUAACAUAUGUAUAUAGAGGCAUUCUCCUAUGCGCUGAGAUAGGUGAUUCUCGAAUCAAAUCAAAAGAUAUACCUUCCUAUACCUAUGAUCUAAUAACUUGGAGGAUUAUUUUUAAUCAUUGUCUCCCACUUUUCCACUCCGUCGUGAAUUUACUAUACGCACAAAUAUUUAAUAAUUGAAUGUGCGCGUAGAAUAUAGAAAGCAAGUUGAUUCAUUUUAUCACUUAUGAGCCAUCCAUUAAUUACGUAGGGGAGACAACCCUAAAGUAAAUAUUAAACGUUUAGUAAAUUAUCAUUAAUUUAAAAUAAUAAUGUAUGUAAAAUAAAUAAUUUAAGUCAAUUAACAGUUUGAAUAAUAUACGUGUUAACAAAUUAAAAUUAUAAAUAAUUAUUUUAGGUAUAUUUGUGUUUUUAAUUAACGAUUAUUUACUUAGGAUGGUCUCCCCUAACACAUUUUUUACCCCUUUCCUUCCCCCUUUAAUAAUUUGUGACAUAUCAUAAUUUUUCAAAAUAUUUUCAGUCAUUUUAUUAAAUACAAUUUACUUACCUCAGAUGCCCGAAUUAUUACAUAAUUGGAAGCUAAUAAGAAUUAAAUUAAAAAAACAUGCAGCAAACUUCUCAUAAAUUAAAACGUAUAAAAAACGGCGUCAUUUAAUAGUAAAACAUUCUUCAGAAACUUAAUUUUUUACCAUUUUUUUUAUUCACUAGUACAUGUUACCAAUUAUUUAAUAUUGCUAAUAAAUUUGUCUCCAUUUUUUGA